AUGGGUGAUCCAAUUAAACCAUCAGAUGAACGCCAUCAAUGGCUCGAAAAACAUUCCUCUGAAAUCACAAGACCAAUUGUUGACAGUUUCUUGGCCCAAUUAACUAAGGAAAAGUCACCUAAAUCCUUUUUUGGUAUUGGUUACUGUUUUGGUGCUAAAUACUGUAUUCAAAAUUUGGCCAAGGAUGGAUACUUUACAGCGGGUGCAAUUGCACAUCCUUCUUUGGUUUCGGUCGAAGAAGUUGAAGCUGUUACUAAACCUGUAUUGAUUUCUGCUGCAGAAACCGAUAAAAGCUUCACAGAAGAGUUGAGAAAUAAAACUAUUCAAAUUUUAGCUGCUGAAAACAUUAGAUACCAACUUGAUUUAUUCCUGAGUGUAUCUCAUGGUUUUGCAGUUAAGGGUGACCUCAGCAUUCCUGAAGUUAAAUAUGCUAAAGAGAAGGUUCUCAUAGACCAAGCAUACUUCUUUUCCCAGUUCUACAAUGCCUCUAAUGGAGUAAAUGUCCAGAAGGAUUCAAUACAUGGGAAUAGACUAUAA